AUGGACUCUUCCAAAGACAUGAAGAUCAGUGCCGAUAUCGAGAUGGCCUCUCCCAAGGACCUCGAACAUGUUGCAAGCAAGACCAUGGGUGAUGUCAUUGCCAUUGAUGGCCAGGACUCUACUCUCCUCCGCAAGAUCGACUGGAGGAUCGUUCCCAUCAUGUUCGCCUGCUAUUUCCUGCAAUUCCUCGACAAAGUCGUCAUCAACUAUGCCAACGUCAUGGGCCUUGCUCAAGACCUGAACUUGCGGGGCAACGACUUCUCUUGGAUGGCGACGGCCUUUUUCAUCGGCUCUGCCAUCGCCGAAUUUCCCCAAGGGUACCUUUUGCAAAAGUUCCCGUUGGCCAAAGUCUUGGGGUGCAACGUCAUGUGCUGGGGGAUCUGCCUCUGUUGCUCGGCCGCGGCGCAAAACUUCGCCGGUAUCGUUGCCCUCCGCACUCUCCUGGGCUGUUUCGAGUCGGUCAUCAGUCCCGCCCUGGUCAUGUCCACGUCGCAGUGGUACACCAAACGUGAGGCUGGACCGAGGUACGGCUUCUGGUACUGUGGUCUCGGGGCCGGCCAGAUUCUGGGCGGGUUGAUCUCGUUCGCGGCCCAGCACGGGGCCAGAAAUGCGUCCUUUAGCGGAUGGAGAAUCAUGAUGGUCGCCGUGGGCGCGUUCAACAUCUGCAUCGCCGUCAUCGUGCUCGUGUUUCUGCCGGACAGCGUGGAUGGCGCUCGCUUCCUCAGUGAGGACGAAAAGGCUGCCAUCCGUCGCAAAUUGAUCCUGGACCAAGGCGGCAACGGGGCCAAAGUCUUCCGGCCGGCCUCGCUCGGCGAAAUCUUCCUCGACCUGCAGGUCUGGCUGCUGCUGCUGCUGACCAUUCUCACCGUCAUUCCCAGCGGCGUCAUCACGACCUUCUCGGCCACGCUCAUCCGUGGCUUCGGCUACGACUCGAAGCAAGCUGCGCUGUUGAACAUGCCGUCGGGCGUCGUGAGCAUUGUCUCGACGUUGAUGGGUACCCUGGCCAUCCUCCGCGGCUUCCCGCGCUGGCUAGGCAUCGUGGUGCUGCUCGUGCCGACCGUGAUCGGAGCGGGACUGAUGUCGUUCAUCGCCCAGGACAACCAGCCGGGCAAGCUGGCCGGCAUCUAUCUCAUCAACUUCAUCGUGGCUCCGCUGGCCAUCAUCUACUCUUGGGUCGGGGCCAAUACGGCCGGCUAUACCAAGCGGGUCGCCGCCAACGCUGUGGUGGCGAUCGGCUUCGCCAUUGCCAACAUCAUCGGGCCCCAGACGUUCCAGGCUCAGGAUGCACCCGACUAUCUUCCCGCCAAAAUCACCAUCUUCGCCGUCGCCGGCGCUGCCAUGCUCGUCUCGGUCCUCCUCCGCUUGCUGUAUGGAUUCCGGAAUAGGAGCAACGUGAGAAUCCGCCAGGUUCAAUUGGCCGAGUUCGCGGCGUCGGGGCUGGCGGUGGAAGAGACGGACGCUAUGCAGGAUCUGACCGAUCGCCAGAAUCCUGCGUUCGUCUAUGUUUACUAA